CCAGAAUUUCUCAAAAUCACAAGCCACCCUGAAGAGUGAAGAGUAAAGACUAGCAAACCAUUUAAGGAUUCGAAGUUCCGCACUCCCAGUUUCUCAUAUCCCGCCAAAGCCCUGAUCGCCGCCAUGAAAAUCCGAACACUGAAGCUACGAGAAGCGCACAAACCAAGCCCUGGGUAUGGCGCAGCCAAUGGAUCCUCCUUCUGCUCCAUCCUAUGGGAUCAGCAAGCUCGCCACCUGGUCACUGCUUCCUCCUCGGAUUCGGGAAUCUCCAUCCACGACGCUCUUCUGCCUUCGACCACUCCCAAGAUUCUCCGGCACCACCGUGACGGCGUCACCGCGCUGGCGCUCAGCCCUAAUUCCACCUGCCUCGCCUCGGGUUCUAUCGACAACUCCGUCAAGCUCUACAAGUUUCCGGGUGGGGAAUUUGAGACAAACAUCACCAGGUUCACACUUCCAAUCCGUGCCCUUGCAUUCAAUCAAUCAGGGAGCAUGCUGGCGGCUGCAGGGGAUGAUGAUGGUAUCAAGCUGAUAAACACUGUUGAUGGCUCAAUAGCAAGGGUUCUGAAAGGGCACAAAGGAUCUGUCACUGGAUUAGCUUUUGAUCCUAUGGGUGAGUACUUGGCAUCAAUUGAUUCCAUGGGAACGGUCUUAUUUUGGGAGUUGCAGUCCGGGACAAUAUUACAUACCCUAAAAGGUGUAGCUCCUAGUACUGGGUUAGACACUUCCCUGGUCAAUAUACUAAGCUGGAGUCCUGAUGGGGAGAUGCUGGCUGUCCCUGGUCUGAAGAAUGAUGUGGUGAUGUAUGAUAGAGACACAGCUGAAAAGGUGUUUACAUUGAGGGGCGACCAUUUGCUCCCUUUAUGUUUCCUGUCAUGGUCGCCUAAUGGGAAAUAUAUGGCUACAUCAGGUUUGGAUAGGCAGGUUCUGAUAUGGGAUGUCCUUAAGAAGCAAGAUAUUGACCGUCAGAAAUUCGAAGACAGAAUCUGUUGCAUGGCGUGGAAACCAGUUGGUAAUACAUUGGCUGUUGUUGAUGUUUCUGGCAAGUAUGGCCUGUGGGAAUCAGUUAUCCCAUCAUCCAUGAAAUCUCCCACUGAUGAUAUUCCACAGAGUUUAAAAAAGAGCAAUGGACUAAUGUUAUUUGAAGAAGAGGGUCAGGAGCCUUGUUCAUCUGGUAGUCUAGGCGAUCUCGGUGAAGAUAGUGUAGGUGAAUCAGGCCCACCAAGCAGGAAAAGAAUAAGGAAGCGGUCUGAAUUUGAUGAAGAUGAUCCCGCUGAGAAUACGCUCGAUGGGUUCGGCCUGCUUCCUCGACGCAUGGCUCCCAAAAGAGCACAUUACUCUGCGAGAGAACACUUGGACAAGGGAUCUAACGAAGAACUGAGAAGCACAGCCAUGUCUGUGAGGUCCAAAAUGCAGGAAGCUUUCCAGCCUGGUGUUACUCCUGUGCAGCCAGGGAAGAGGCGCUUCUUGUGCUACAAUAUGCUUGGAACUAUCACUACAAUGGAAUAUGAUGGGUACUCUCAUAUAGAGAUAGACUUUCAUGAUACUAGUAGAGGACCGCGAGUUCCUGCAAUGACAGAUCAUUUUGGUUUCACGAUGGCUUGUUUGAAUGAGAAUGGGAGUGUUUUUGCCAAUCCUUGCAAGGGAGACAAGAACAUGAGUACUCUCAUGUAUCGCCCGUUCAGCAGUUGGGCAAACAACAGUGAGUGGUCUAUGCGGUUUGAGGGAGAAGAAGUCAAAGUUGUUGCACUUGGUGUUCAUUGGGUUGCAGCGAUCACUAGUCUUAAUUAUCUUCGCAUCUUUACUGAAGGUGGUUUGCAGAAGCAUAUUCUUUCCCUUGAUGGUCCAGCAGUGACUGCAUCAGGCUCCAAAAAUCAGCUUGCAGUUGUCACUCAUGCUUCUAGCUGUCUUCCUUCAAGUGAUCAGGUGCUUGAAUUCCAGGUGUUUGAUAUACGUAAUGGUACAAGGCCCUCGAGGGGGCGACUUCCAUUAUCUCCUGGUUCACAUCUUAUUUGGUUCGGGUUUAGCGAAGAAGGACUAUUGAGUUCAUAUGAUUCAAAGGGUGUCUUGAGGGUCUUCACAAGCCAGUAUGGCGGCAGUUGGCUCCCUCUUUUCAGUGCCAACAAAACAAAGAAGUCGGACGAAAACUACUGGGUUGUGGGCCUGAACGCAAGCAAGUUAUUCUGCAUAGUUUGCAAGAGUCCUGAAGUAUUUCCUCAGGUGAUGCCCAAACCGAUUCUCACGUUGCUGGAUCUGUCGUUCCCCCUAGCAUCUUCCGAUCUGGGAGCAGAUGUCCUUGAGAAUGAAUUUAUCUUGAACAACCUGCAUCUCUUUCAGAUCCAGAAAAGAAUAGAAGAAAGUUCAUCUGACGACAGUAGGGACACCACCGAACUCGAUGAUGAAGCUUUCAGCACGGAGGCAGCUCAAGAUAGAUGUAUCCUGAGACUCAUUGCUUCCUGCUGCAACAGCGACAAACUCGUACGAGCCACUGAACUGGUGAAACUCCUGACGCUGGAGAAAUCGAUGAAAGGAGCAAUCAAGCUCGUCACUGCUCUCAAGCUUCCUAAUCUUGCAGACCGCUUCAACAACAUACUUGAGGAACGAAUGCUGAAUGAAACCAAAGGAAUGCCAGAGACAGCUGGUGUUGCGGUUAGCCAGGGUUCGGGUUCGGCACGAAAUGGGACAGCAAGUGAGGUACAAUCAGAGCCCAGCUGCAUCAAAUCUUCAUCCACCACAUUGUCAGCACCUCGUUUCUUCAAGAAAGUGGUGAACAGAGGUGAUCAGAAAGGGAGGAAUGAUCAUAACCUCCAAACUGCGAGAGAAGUUCAGCCAGAAGUUGCAUCGAGUGGGGGAUCGACGGAGCUCAGAACAGCAACAGCAGCAGGAACCCAGGAAUUGAACGGUACAUCCAAUCCAUUCUUGAAAUCAUCAAGCAAUGGUCCAACCAAAGAAACAACGUCCCAGCGUCCUCCUUCCAACCCGUUUAAAAAGUCAGCAAAGUGAAGAUGGUUGCUCAGCCACCUGUGGGCAAAUUUGGUGUAGAGCCCCGCGAACGAAAGAGGGGGAGCUAAGAGAUUGAAUUCUUGAACAAGUUUUGGUCUUUUACUCAGCCCUUAGUUGAUAGUGAUUUCCUCAGUUGAAGUUUGCAGGUCCAUUGAAAUGUCUGGAUUCCAUCUGUGUACUAAGUUCUUUUUUAGAAGUUCAAUGAAUCCAUCCAAGUUUCAUACUAGAAUCAUGCAUUCUGCUUUCUGCACUAUUCAUGUCACAACCGCCAAUCCGAAAGGAUCUAAUCAGAAGUCAAGACUUUAUGCACACGUUAACUACUUGACCUACUGUGACAGUUAUGAAUCACAGAAGAGCAACAAACCUACACAGAUGCCUAGAUGGAAAGCCAUAGCCAUUCUGCUCCAAAUUGGUUUGGAAACCAUGGAAUCAUAUGCUCAAGGCAAAGAGCAUGCAGAAUAAAGCCGUACAUUUACUGAAACAAAGUAGCAGCUUAGCAUAAGAGUAGCACCAAAGAAGCACAAAAACAUAUUCCAAAACUCAUGUCAUUGCCAAGACAGGAACAUAAACCAAAAUGAUAACACGAUUGUAGCUCUCAAAACAAAAUCUAAAUAGCUACUACUGUCUUGGCUCUCUAUUUAAUUGAUCUUUAACAGCUCAAAGCUUCGGAAGAAGAAUCAAGCUUCUGGUACAAAAUCCUCAAGGAUGAGGGCUUUGGUUGGCUUUCCCAAUAGAUCAGUGAACUCCUGGAAAGGUGACUUGGUGAAACGAGUAUCCUUCCAGAAAUCAGGUGUCAGGAAACCAUAGGUCUUCAACAGGCAGUCAAAUGUGGCCUGACGAAGUUGCCAAGAGUCUUGGUAGACCCACGGGAAGAGGUGAACACAUCUUCAAUCCCAGCAAACUGAAGAACCUUCUUGGGCACCCUAGCAGCCACAAUCCCAGCGCCACGAGGAGCCGGAACCAUCCUCACGGUGACGGAACCACACUUUCCGGUCACCUUGCACGGCACAGUAUGAGGCAGCCCGAUCUUGUUCCCCCAGUAACCCCUCCUCACGGGGAUCACAGACAGCUUAGCCAGAAUGAUGGCGCCUCGAAUGGCGGUAGCAACCUCCUUCGAGCACUUAACACCCAGCCCGACAUGGCCGUUCCCGUCGCCGACGACGACGAAAGCCUUGAACCUGGUCCUCUGACCGGCCCGAGUCUGCUUCUGGACAGGGGAGAUCUUCAUGACCUCAUCCUUCAGCACGCCGGGGCCGACGAGGGUGUCGAUGAUCUGGUACUCCUUGAUCGGGAGCGAGUGGAGGUAGAUUUGCUCCAGCGAUUUGAUUUUGCCCUCCCUCACCAGCCGGCCGAGCUUGGUGACUGGAACCCACUUCUCUUCCUCGUCGCGACGCCCGCGACGGCGGCCCCUGCCUCGGUCGCCACGUCCGCGGUCGCCGAAGCCUCUGCGUGGUGGUCUGUCUCCGGGAGCUCUGUCCGCCAUGGUUGCUUUUUGCGUUGGAGAGUUAGGGUUUGAGGCAGAGAGUGGUGUAGGAAGCGGCGUUAAGGCCGGGAUUGGGGUUUUUAUACGUAGGAGAUGAGUUGGGUAGAAAUUCUCCCC